AAAAUACAUAACCUAAUUUCCCGUAUCAGUAACAGUGAAACGUAUAGUUGUAAAAACUUGCGAUGCUCUCAUUUUGCGGGACUCAAAUUUUUUCCAGAACACAUUUUAUCACAAAUUUGUAAAUCAUGAUGCUCUAGAUAUUGCCUCGGAUAGUCAAUAAAGAUGGGAGACUUUCCAGUAAUUCAAGGUUUACCGACUAAAGAGAGCCUUAAACGUCUUCAUGACGAUAUAGCGGAUUUCCUCAUCUUAAAAACUAAAGAAAGAAAGAAAAGAAGCUUCUAUUCUCUACUUUGGGAAGCUGCUAAUCCCAGAAGUGUCUCCUGUUCUGUGCCAUGGACUUCCUUGUUAAUAAUUUGUUACUGUUUUAUUUCUCUAAUUCUUUCAACUUGGGUCACCAACCCUACACCCAGGUUUUUUGUUAUUGCUGAUGCCUCUCUGAUAAUUACUUUAGCCGCUGUAAAUUUAUUGUAUAAUAUGUGGGAUAUCAAACUUAAGUCUGAUGAAAUUUACAAACGUACUGAAUUCAUUCUCUCCGAAAUCAAAGAAACCCAUGAUAAAACAGAAUGGAAAGCUGAAAAUUAUCCACCACUGUAUACUCCUGUUUCUCCUUGCAUCACUCUCCAAUGGGUCUACAGAGACGGUCGCCUCGUCACAUUACCAUGGGCUCUCCUAGUCGCCGGAGACACAGUUUUGAUCCGUCCAGGUCAAGUCGUACCAGGGAACUGCAUCAAAUAUUUGAAUGAUAAAGCAGAUACGGAGGACCAAGAACCAUCAGAGCUCAAAUUUGGAGAAACGUAUGCUCCAAUACCAACCUCAUCCACAAUCGGCCAGUUGAUCUGUCGUAAACCAAAUGCAUGUAAACCUGUCAACAAUAUAGCCUAUACCCUCACUGAAACUCCGUACCUGCGUAACUUAAGAACGUGCCUUAGUGAUCAUCCAAACAGACCAAUCACAGUUUUCGAACGCAAGCGCUACCAGUUUCUCACCAUCUUUGUUCAACUACUAAUCCUUCCAUCAAUUCUUAUAGUUAUAUUUAUCAUCAACUUGGCAAGGUGGUUCAAAUCAGAUUUUGUGGAUGAAUUCUCAGACACAGACUGGAGAAUGUUACUUUUGAUACAGCCUGUGAUAACUGUUCUACCUCUCCUGCCACUCGCUCAUCCAAUCUGUUGGCUCUUUUUAAAUUGUCUCGGAAAUUCUUUGCUCCUCUCCACACCAAAAACAGAGGUGAAAAAAAAAUCGAAAUUCUCUGCCGGCUCUGAGGAAAAGUUUUUAUUAAAUUGGGCAUCAGUUGGAAGAGACACCCUCAAAAAUGUAACUGGGCAAAGUCAUCAUUUGGUCCGUUCGUCUAAUUUGCUGCAUGUUUUAGGAUCCUUAACGGGCUUAUGUUUCGUUGAUAAAGAAGGCGUGUUGUCAUGGCCUAAUCCAAGCGCUGAUGCAAUUUGUUUCUUAAAAAAACCAGAUAAGUAUGGCGAUGAAUCCAAAGAAAACGACCUGGAUCAAAGGAACAAUGCCAUGGAUGCGGACAAAACGAAUGAGGAUGAUCUAAAUGAAAACAAAGUAAUUGAACCCGAAACAACAGAAAGUACACCUUUUUUGAGGAAAGAGCUUUCGUCAGAAAUUCCCUAUAUGGACAAUAUCUCUUUUGGAUCCAAUAGUGUAAAUAGCGUCCACAUGUAUACGGAAAAGAUAAAUGUUGAGUCAUCCAAAAAAGACGAGCUGUCCAAUGGUUUGACAUUAGGAAACCAAUUAAACCAAAUAGACAAGGCAUCCUUGAAUAAUGCAUCUUUUGAAGGCGUAGUGUUUGGGAAUGAUUUUGGGGCUGCAAAUGAAUCCAUAGAGCUCACCUUCACCGGAAUCGGAGCAGCGGCUCAAAGUUUAGACAAUGCGCUUUUAUGUGGUGAUGAUGCUGAGACCUCAUCGGAAUUGGCGGGCAACGAAAGAGCGAAAACAGACGGAGGUGAAAAGUCUCCUAAGUUCGUACGAGAGAUUUUGGAUAUCAGUCAUGACAAGACCAACGACUUCAGUCUACAGUUUGAUGAUGCUACAUGGUCUCGUUACAUGAAUUCACUCAAGCCGAUUGGAUUGGCUAUUCUACUCAAUACUUGUAAUCCUGGGACAAUUGAAAACUAUGCCAAAUUUUCCUCCCAUGUAUCCUGUCAAGCUCAUCAUUACAAUCAAAAUAAACUCACUUUUUUUGAUCGAAGGUGUCUCUGUGAGAUUGCAAAGCAGAUUGGUUUUGUUGAGGAUAAAGUUUUAGCCCAGUUCAAAAUUAAGUCUCAAGUUUUUAUCUACAAGCAUGUGCGGGAACGGUUUUUAUUCCGCACCUAUAAGUCUACAAAAGUGAAAUCAAAGCUGAGCGGUGAGAUGCGAGUAGUACCGUUUCCUCAUCUUGUAAGCACUGUCUAUGAAAAAUUUGGAACGGAUGAAGUUCACAUGUUGACUCAAGGUACUUUUGAUGUUGUUAUGGAUGCCUGCAUUGAAUAUUUCGAUGGCAAGACUGUCCAUCCGCUCACCAAAGUUGAACGAAAAUCAUUGGAAUCUUUUUACAAACAUGCUGUUGCAACUGGGUAUUGCACUGUGUUUUCUUUCCGUGCUUUAUCGGCACCGAUCCCAAAAGAAUUCACUCAAGUUUACCUGGAGAUCCCAUGCAUCGCCCAGAACCUCUAUGAACAGCCAUAUCACUAUGUGUCCUCCUUCAACAACUGCAGCCUCAUCGAACAUUAUUGUUCCUCCGAUAACAUAAAUGAAGGAACAAAAAGACUGAAAGCAGUUCAUCCAAGUGACGCAAAAAGAUGUUUUCAGCAAAACUGUAAUCAAAUUUUUCUUGGGAUGGUGUCAAUGCAGUAUCAAGCUCUGAUUGAUGUUGUGCAAUUGAUCGAAGGCAUUGAAAGAGCCUGCAUCCGGUUUAUUUUUUUUAGUGUGGAAAAUGCCCAAAGAGCUGGUCCGUUUCACGAAAAAUUAGGAAAGGAAGCAGCGGGCUGGAACUGUCAUAUUUCACUGGAAAAUGAGAAGAAAGAUAGUAACAAAACAACAGACAUUUUGAAGAAAUGUGGAAGGGAUGGAUAUAAAACUGAAGCAUCUGAAGAUCGUUGCAGACUCUCAUCCUGCUUUCGCACCUCCAAAUCUCUGCGGCAUAUUCGGAAACUAAGUCGGUCUCUGUCAGCAUCUGCUACUUUUCCUGAAUCGUGUUUCUCAAAAAUUCAAACCCCUGACUCAAGAAAAAAUUCAUACGAUGUCUCUCCUUUUGGAUCUCAUACCUCUGACGACACCAAACUGAAUUUUCAGUUGAACCCUGUGUCAUGCGAGACUGUUGACACCUCGGAAGCAUUGUUAUUUUCUGAUGUUGAAAAGUGCCUAACAAGCAAUCGAAGCCUGAGCUGUGCAAGUGAUGAUAGUGGCGAGCCGGCACCACCAGAUUAUGCCCUUCCAAACAUUAGCAAGUUACCAGUGGGGAUUGAAAACGUGCGAGAUCAUCUAGAAAGAGUUGACAAUGUUCCACUUUUGAUAUCCUUGUUUGUCGACUGUACCCCAGAGAACACAAGGGAAAUGUUACUUAUUCGACAAGAGAACAAUGAAGUCGACUGCGUUCUUGGUUCCUCUGCCAACGCAAAAAAUGCUGGUGUCUUUGUUCAAGCAAAUGUGAGUGUUGCAGUGGAACCCAUGUAUCCGCAGCUGUGCCAGAAAAUCCCGCUAAUGAUGGAUCUGCCAGAUGGAUACUCCCCUUGUGCCUUAUCGUCUUUGAUGAAUUCCCUUCCUUGUGCUCUCUACUUAAGAACAGAGGAUAUUGCUCUCAUGUACAGUUUUAUAAUGGAGGCAAGAAAUUUCAUGUCUCGCUGUCUAGGUGUCUUCCAGUUUUGGAUGGUUUGUAGUGUAGCAUCAAGUCUAAUUCAAAUCAUCACUGCCGUUUUCAACUUACCUAAUCCGUUCGGUAUCGGACAGAUGCUAUAUCUUUCAUGCGUCCUUCUGCCUUUUCUCUCUGUUUCUUUAAUAAUUGGUGCAGCAAACCCAGAAGUCAUGCAACGAUCCAUAGGAAAAAAUAAAUUCUUCUAUAAUUUUGAGGGAGGUCUAUACAUAUUGAAAUGUUAUGGGACAAAACUGGUCCCGCUCAUCAUAGUCAUACCCUUGAUCUACGCUCUGUGUUUGGAUUCAAUGCAGUCACUCAUUAUUCAGCAAUGCUUAAGCAAUAGCACAACGGUACAAUGUUCCUCUGACACCAAACCAAGGUGGAGUGAGUUAGGUGAAUCAUUCUGUAGCCUUCAACGCGCUACUUUCUUGUUACUAGUCAUUCAUUUUGUUAUCACAUCUGUGAGUUUUAUUGACCGAGAGUAUUUGAUAUGGCAAAAGUUACCGCAAAUAAAUAUCACCUGGUUUUUAGUUGCAUUUUUUAUAAUUUUGGUGCAAGUUACUUUCACUGUUCUCCUAGAUCUUAUAGUAGAUGCUCAGUACAUAACCUUUUUGGAUUUACCGAUGAACAUCCUUUAUCUUGCUUAUCUGUCACCUCUCGUCAGCUUGUUGUUCAAUGAACUGAUCAGUAAAUAUAUUGAAAUUAACGAGAACACAAGAAUCAGACGGAAAAUCAAAUUGGAAUUCAACACAAAGCUGGGAAUGAACUCGCCUUUCUAAUCGGAAUUUGUUCACUUGUAACAGUUUGUAGCAUAGUUGUUAACCAAUCCGUGGGUCAUAAAAAUAAUUUUCAUCCGAUCAAACAGUUAAUUGAAAGCAAACCUCCUGAUAGACUGAUGCCCUAAUCAACGGCUUCAAUUUUGAUUUCAAAGUGGGAACCUUAGCUAAAUUUAACCUUAUUGAGAAGGCUUUUCAGCGAGGAUUGAGCUACGCGCAAUGUUAAAUUAUCAUAUGGUGUUAAUGAACAAAUGUCCUCCGAAACAGCAGUGUGGACGUGGAAAGCAAUCCACUCAAACAAAGACUUUCUCAAAUAUUUCUGAAUGAAAAAAUUAAGUAUUUGGUAUUCUUGUUUGAAUUUUUUCUUUUAUGUGUGAAUAAACUCAUGUGUUAAUUCUUUUGUUAGUGAAUCUCAUUAAGUAUUUUAGUCAAUAAUUAGUGAAAUUUUACAAAGUAGGUAUUUGUUUGGUAUAUUCGCUGUUUAUUUGUGUAAUUCUGCCUAACAUAGACUGUUUUUACUUACUUCAUAUUUAAAAUAAUUAUGUAAUUAUCUCUUUAUGUGAGAAUUUUCUUUGCGAUUAGACCUCUUGGGGUCCGACUGAGAUACAAAUACACAAUCAAUUUAAGACUAAUAGUUAUUUUCUCAAUUUACUCUGGGCUAAUCAUUGAUAUUGAUGGACAAAGGGAAGGACAUAAAAGACAAAUAAAACAAGUAGGGAUCUUAUUAAUAGAACCGGGUGGUUGCAAUGGACAAAGGAGCCAAAUAAAAGACUGAUUAACGGCAACCCAUAAGAGACCUUAUAAUUCAUCAGCGUCUAUCGUUUUCCCUCCUAGUCUAUAGUAACCACCCUUUUAAACCAAUAGGAUUGCUCCAUUUUUCCUUUGUCUUUUUUGUCUAUACCUUUGUCUACUGAUUUCAAUUCUCAGCCCGCUGAUCAGUAAACUUUAAUAUUAUUGAGGUCCUCCUGUGCUUUCACUAGAGCAGUUUAAAAUGCAAGAGUGAGGAUCACGAAUCACAACAGGAUAGAAAUUUUGAAUGUUUAGUUUGUAAGUACCUAGUGUUAAUAGUAACUCGAGUCAAAUUUGGAGAAAAAGCAUCGGUCAAGAGGGAGUAUAUUAAGGGGAUAUUGAGGGCACAUUAGGGAAUACAUAAUUACCUUUCCCUUGAUUACCUCUGCUAAAAUCCUAUGAACCCAAUUCUAGGGAGUCAAAAUGUUUGUGCACUCUGAUAUUUUUUUGAACAAAUUUCACCACAAAAAUGAAAAUUGUAACUUGAUGAUACUUAGGUAUAGAACAAAAAUAUAUUUCUCGGUGCAUCGUACACAUUUCAGCAUUUCAGUUCCAUUGAUGAAUUUUAUGUUCGAUAGAUUGUGUAGAUGAGUCAAAUUGAACAAGUAGGUUCGGCAUUUGUAUCACAUAUCUAGAAACAUGGGAGUACUCAUAAUCUUCCAGCUGAUACCUCAUCCAUUCAUCAUGUUUCUGUUAUCCUUAAUUUAGUCUUACCAAUUUAAUGUUACUUGUACCUGGAUAGAUAAGUGGUUUUCACACUUUUUAAAUGGGAAAGCACGCAUUUGUCAAUUUACCAAUCUUGAGUAUUUACUAUUACCUCUUGCUAAGUUUUAGUCUCUUUUUGUCACUCAAACUGGGGUUCUUUCUCUCCAAAAAUGUUGCAUUUCUGCAUGUCUUUGCUUUUGCACAAGAAUGUUAAUGGAUUUUAAUUUGGUAUAAAGAAUCUCUCCUUAAAUAUUCUCUAUGAAAUUUUUUACUCUCCUGUCCCCUUUUUUUGAACAAGUUUAUUAGCUGCAUUUUUUUAUGUAGGUAUUAAUUUGAAAAUUAUAUUUGUUCCAACAUUGCUCUGACUCCAUUCAUUUUUCAGAAUGAAGUAUUUUGUAAAAUUAAAACAAGCCUAGUGAGCAGGAUAAAAAUUUGGAAGGAAAAAAAAAUUGAAAUUGCUAGUCAGUGAAAUUUCAAUCGGAAAUCCGCAAUUUCUAUUUUUCAGCGAAAAUCUUAGUUACUGAACUCAUCAAAAAUUCCUUCAGUAAUGAUUACUUCCCUGUGAAAUUGAUAAUAGAUUAAUUAUCAAAUUUCAUUACAAAUCCUCUUUCCUCUUCUGCUUAUCCAAGAAUUUAUUAGCAAAGAUGUAAAAUUCUGGAAAGGAUGGCAAGCUUUAUCGUUGUGUAAGUAUGUGUUACUUUUUAUUUGUUGCUGUCAGGACUUCCUUGUUGAAUUAAAAAUAAAAAUAUUUGACUUUA